UCGCAUGGUUCCCUCUCAAAGAUAAGGAAAGCAGCGCGGCUUCGACGCAGUGGUGACGUACUGCCCAGGUGACCGUGAUGUCAGGGACUUGUGUGGUUCUGGAUUCGGCUGGACAAGAUGGCGGCCUCCACUGGAAUUAAAGUUCCUCGUAAUUUCUGCUUGUUGGAAGAGCUUGAAGAUGGACAGAAAGGAGUAGGUGAUGGUACUGUCAGUUGGGGCCUUGAAGAUGAUGAAGAUAUGACCCUUACCAGAUGGACAGGAAUGAUCAUUGGACCACCAAGGACUAACUAUGAAAACAGAAUAUACAGUCUCAAAGUAGAGUGUGGACCUAAAUAUCCAGAAGUACCACCAACUCUUAGAUUUGUAACAAAAAUUAGUAUGAAUGGAGUAAAUAAUUCCAAUGGAAUGGUGGAUUCACGUAGCAUACCAGUUCUAGCUAAAUGGCAAAACUCCUAUAGUAUUAAAGUUGUACUUCAAGAGCUAAGGCGUCUAAUGAUGUCCAAAGAGAAUAUGAAGCUUCCGCAGCCACCUGAAGGACAGACAUACAGCAAUUAAUUCUAAUAGAUUGUUAUAACCCUCUGUCUUAAAACCUUCUUCUCCUAAAAUGACAUGUACAUUUUCACAAUGCUUACCACCCACACACAAUUUCAUCUGGAGGUGCAGGAGUGGGACAUCUGAAAUAGUGAAAUAAAGUGUUUGCCUUUAUGUGAGGCAUAGUUUAAAAUUAAAAAUUAAAACGGCACAAAUUUUAUUUUUAUUUUUUCUUUAAUCAAGGCACUGUUUGUGGAACAUAAGCUUGAAGUAUGUUGUAUGUGAAAACUUAAGUCAGGCUUUUACUAGGAGAAAAGUAUGACAUGAAAGUUAAGGUCAUUGCUGAGCUAUAUAUAUUAAGUUAAAAAAUACUGGUAAGAAACAGAAAUAGGAUGUGUAAUAUAUAAUGGCAUGCUUAAAAAAAAACAUCUUAAGAAAAUAGAGCUGCAAAAUUUAAAAAAAAAAAAAAUGUUGGUGAAAACUAGCAGGUACACUGAAAUAUGUUGCUGAUUUUGUUAAUGAAUAUUAGAAGUGUGGGUGUAGACUACUAGUAGUGUCACAGUGUUUUAAGGGUUGUUUUUGAUACCUUUAUUCAUGACCAUUAAUUUCUGUAAAGCAGCUCUUGUGUGACAUGUAAUAGACAUUGCAAAUAUUUGUUUACAGUCUUUGUUCUACUAAAACUUGCAUUUAACUUUUUGUGAAAAAAGUAAUAAAGACAAUAGGUGUA